AUAUUCUCAGCUUUUUUUCUACAAACUUAAUAAAUGAAAAAAAGCAGUGUUCAAUGAUAAAUCGAAUAGAGUACUUGUGUAUCAGAAUAUAAUACGUUUUGUUGUGUAUCAAGAUGUUCCUGUGGUUGCUAACAGUUUGUAUGUUACAAUGGUGCACGGUACAAGCAAGUUACGAGGUAGUGUUCGAAGAUGCUGAAUGUUUCGAUAUAAACAAAAAAUAUAUAAAGGAAUGUGAAAUAAAUGUAGACUACGAUAGUACAUAUGGAUCCAAAAUGGAUGCAUAUCUGGAAAUUCUUGAAAUUCCUUAUGAUUCCAUCAAAUUGGAAAUUGAUACGUUCACCACUCAAAUGGGUGAAUAUACACUUCCUAUGGCAAUUCACUUAGAAGAUGAUUUAUGCGAAUUUGCGAAAAAAAAAAAUUCUCUAGGAUAUUUAUUUAUACAGUCAGUAAAUAUACAGACUUGUCCUCCGAAACCAGGAAUUUAUGAACAAGAAAGAUUUGUAAUUGGCAAUAUGAUGGAUGCUUUACCGCCUUCAUUUCCCGAAGGUCAUUAUUUAUUAAAUUCGACGUUAUCAUCUGAAGAAAUCAUAUUAUUCCGUCUUAAUUUAUAUGUAAGAGUAUAUUAAUUAAUUAUCAAAAAAAACGUGUAAUUGUACGAAAAUAUCAAAAU